AUCUCCACAAGUGGCUUUUAGAGAAGGCUCUUUUGAGUUUGGGUAGUGCUAACUCUAGGGUUUCCAUUAACAAUGGCUGAUUCUUCUUCUGCUUCUUACAUUCACAUGGUGCAGCACAUGAUAGAGAAAUGUUUGAUCUUCCAUAUGAGCAAAGAAGAGUGUGUGGAAGCUCUCUCUAAGCAUGCAAACAUCACUCCUGUCAUCACCUCUACUGUGUGGAAGGAGCUGGAGAAAGAGAACAAGGAGUUCUUCAAGGAGUAUGAAGAGAGGCAGAGCAAACAAGAACAAAUGUCGGAGGAAGAGACAAACCAGAUGAUCCAGAAGAUUAUCUCGGAUUCAUCUAAAGAAUCCGACGACUGAUCGCGAUGUUAAAUCGUUAGAUUUCAAAAAAAUCCUUAUAGUUUAUAUAUAUAUAUGAAUCUCAUGAAAACGAUUUAUCCCUGACGCAUGCAUGUUUAUGUGUAAAUUAAAUCGUCUUUUCCUUGCUU